GACAGACUCGAGAGACAUUUAUAUAGUGUUGCAUUAAAAUGUUGAAUAAAAAAUUUCUAUCACCAAAGCAAGUAUUGCAUGACUUUGAACAUUGCAUUUCAUUCUCCGAAACUAAUCUCAUUCAGACUAAUGCAAGACCUAUACUUUACACUACUUCCACGCGAGCGGAUCGCUGCUAUUACUACAAUAUAAAUCAUGGGAACCAUUCAACAGCUUUCAAACAAUUGGGUGACAAUUUCUCAUACAGCAACAUUCGUUUGCACCCAGCUAGAUUAAAUUUUAAAGCGCUGCUGGCAUUUACAAUUCAGCAUCCAUAGUCCAACAGUGUGAAAGAUUUAUAGCACAUUUCGUUUUUGCGUACAAUAUACAAUGCUUUAAAAAUAGGUGAUGUAGUUUACAUCGAAACGAUCCCAUUUACUAUUCUUCGAGAACGUAUUGAAGCGAAACAAAAAUUCCUUGGGAGGCUUCUCUAACAACUAUAGAAAUGAAUAAAUCAACAGUCGGGCAUUUUUUCAUUUUCACGAUCUUAGUUGUUAUUAGCAUAAGAGAAGGAAACUGUUUGGAAUGCUACAAAUGUUCGGAGUCUUUCAAAAGAGACUGUUACUAUGGCAAUAUCGAUUCCCUCGAUCGAAUGAGCUGUGCCAAAGAUGACGUUUGUAUCACAUAUCAGUAUGAAACAACCGAUCUAAGUACAUCAAAUUCCUACAUAACAACUGCUAGAGGAUGCACUAGUAAUGAUACUUGUUCCUCAAUAAUGGACACACUCAUGACAAGAAAGGAAAUCCAGAAAGGAGUUCUAUGUGACGUCUGUCAGCGAGACUUUUGCAAUUAUUCUACGAGAAAGGAAGACAGCUUGUAUAUUUUUUGUAUAGCUUUAUUAUCACAUUUUAUAAAAUAUAUGAAUAAAAAUUGACACUGAAAAACAGUGUUCAUAAUAAAACAAAGAUAAAACAUAUUUAGGCAUACAUUUCCUAGGUACCUAUGAAAUGCGGUUUUCAAACAUUAUAUAUACAGGGUGAGUUUUUAGUGUGGACUUGGACGAUAACUCCUUACGGGUAAAAUAUUUUUACCUCGUCAGUCUGAUUCGAAACUACGUUAUACAACACACUACGUAGGGACUUAUUUUCAAGCUGCUGAGACACUGGACAAACUAAAACUGAAAAAGCUGACAACUCGCACCAUCACAAAUGUUCUGGCUAGAGUACUGAAUUUUUCGUCAGGAAAUUUUAUGAUCCCAUAUUUUGUUCCUAUUCACUUACUUUUUCAGUCUAUUGUACAGUUUACACAACAUAAUGGUCAAGAACGCAAAAUAAAGGAUAAUGUUUAAAUGGAACACACUGUAUAUUUUCGCAUUCCUUGAUUCCUUUUCUUUUUUGACAUAAUGUUUAUGGAGGAUUGUACUACUGGUUCUUAAGUUCAGGCUGAGCUUUUUGUAAAUCAGAUAUCAAGCUAAACGAGAAAUAUUACAAUACCUUUCAAAAUUAAACAGCUUUUAGUUGGUAAUGGGAGGUAGAAUUGUAUUUUUGUUAUAAAUUAAAUCUACCCAGAUUCAUGAAAUAAGGUCAAAAACUCAAGGUGUCUGUAUGUUUCCAGUCAUACAAACUCCAAUAAACCUUAUAAUGAGAGAAAGGCUUGUGAAAAAGGAAAUUGAAAAAUGCGAAUCUUUACAGGGUGUUCCAUUUGAAAAUUUGGAGAAAUAGUUCAUUUCGCCUCAUUGACCCUUCAUAAACUGUUCAAGAAGCUCAAAAAGGUAAAUAAAUAGGAAGAAAAUGUGGGAACGGUAAUUUUUUGGCAAAAAAUUCAAAUGCAAUUCAAUAACAGUUACAAAAUUUAUUGCUAUUUUCGAUAGAAUGGAAAUAAAUCCCUAUAGUAUGUUAUAUUAAAUUGAUUUGUUUGAAAAGGCCUAUCCAAAUUUUAAAUAAAUUGAAGACUUUUCCAUUAAAAAAAAUGUAUGUUAAGUCACCACGUAGUUGUGAAUCAGGAGCUGUUGGCUACAAUUUUUGUAUUUAAUUUUUUUAGUUAUGAGUAAUAACGGAGUUAUCGUCCGAUGUCACAAUAAGACCUGUUUCAGUAUUUCAUAACUGUAAACAAUUUAAAUAAAGUUUAAGCCAUAUCGAUUCACUA